GAUCAUGGCUUCCAAGGCUGCAUCAUCAACUGCCCUUCUCCUUAUGCUCAACAUCCUCUUCUUCACUUUGGUCUCGUCUACCUAUUGCCCACCACCACCACCACCAAAGUGUACCCAUUGCAAACCAUCACCUUCACCACCAAAGUCACCAUCAAAGUCACCACCAAAGUCACCUAAGUCACCACCACCACCACCACCAAAGUCAUCUAACCCACCACCAUCACCACCAAAGUCAUCUAGCCCACCACCACCAUCGUCUACCGGUUGCCCUAUAGACACCCUUAAGCUGGGUGUUUGUGCCAACGUGCUGCAGAGCUUACUCAACGUAACUUUGGGAACCCAACCCACUAGCUCUUGCUGCAGUCUCGUUCAGAAUCUGGUUGAUCUUGAUGCGGCUGUUUGCCUUUGCACUGCCAUCAAGGCCAAUCUCUUGGGCAUUAACCUUAACGUCCCUGUCUCCUUGAGCUUGCUUUUGAAUUAUUGUGGAAAGAACGUCCCAUCCGGCUACCAGUGCUCUUAGGCGUACGCGUGUGUGUGUGUGUGUCACCUUAUUAUAUC